AUGCCAGGAGUAUCCCAUUUCACGCAAGUGAGGGACGGGAUUCGAAGUUCUCUCCUACGUCAGCGAUCGAAGAUUAAAGACACCGCCGCGUUUGCCAAGAAAAGUAAAAUAAGGAAGACCGCCGACCCGAUGGUCAGAUUUCUUCACGAAGUCCUUCAAGGAAGCUCUUCGUGUCCCACGCGAAAGGAGGAACCACUGGGCGACUCUGCCACGCGAUCGGACAAGUGGAAGAAUUACUGGCGCCUGACCGACCAGUUCGAAGAUCAACGGAGUCAAGGUGAUCAAGGCCAAAUUGCAACUCAACGGAGGAACAGAACUUGCCGAUUCCGAAUUAAUCGUCAGUCUGAUCCGAAGCGACAGUUCACAAUUGAUCAGGAUGGAACGCUGCGAGUAGCACAACGUUUGGAUCGAGAAGACAUCAGUAGCUAUAAGCUGAUCAUCGAGGCGUUUGACGCCGCCGGCAAUCUUGGAACUCUCCUAGUAGCUGUUUACUUACGCGAUGUCAAUGAUAAUGCCCCCGAACCUUACACAAUCCCCAAGUAUUGCGUAUUUCCCGAAAAUAGACCUGCCAAUAAACAAGGUACAUGUGAGAUUCGCUGCACUGACAAGGACUCACCUGCAUACGGAUCACCGUACAACAUGCAACUCGACCAGAGCAAAUGGAAAUAUGGAGAGUUCUUGAGCGUCACAUUUGAUGCUCAUGGAGAUGGUGGGAAUGGAUCGAUGACAAUCAGACCACUGGUAGUGUUCGAUCGAGAGGCUGCUAAUCCGGGCAAAAUUCUCGAAAUUCCUCUAAUUCUAACGGAUCGCGCGGAUCGAACUAACCACGCAUCCGUUCACGUGAUCAUUGGAGACGAGGUAUGCAAAAAUAAAGUGACAUACAGUGGUUGUUGCAAAAAAGAUAAAACAUUUCUGAACAUUCCCAAAGUUAAAUUCUAG